GUGUGUAUGUAUGUGUGUGUGUAUGUGUGUGUGUGUAUGUGUGUGUGAGGUCUGUACCGUGCGCUUGGAGAACAGAUCCCGUGUUCUCCGCUUUGCUGUGACUCCGGAUAUGAAGCCGUGCGACAGCGCUGUGUGUGUGUGUGUGUGUGUGUGUGUGUUCCACUCCGGCAGAAGGAGUGAAGCAGGACUGAAGGACUGAAACGCUGCGCUACGGGACUGACUUUACUAUCGACACACACACACACACACACACACACACACACCUACUCACCCCGAGGAUCCGAGAGAGUGCGCGCGGCAUCCAACAUGCAGAAAUGGCCACUCAUGAUGCUCCACCUGUCCAGUCUCGUGUCGAGACGGAGCCGGAUGUGAGAGACGAGCCGCAGCUGAAGGAGCCGGAGCAGCCGAGGGAGCGAGAGCACGGAGCGAGGGAAGGGAGCGAGCGCGCGGACGGAGGGAGCGAGGGAGGAAGGAGAGAGGGAGGAGGAGGAGGAGCGCGCAGCUCCAUGCAGUUCAGCAGCAGACCGGCGAGUGCCGAGCCGUGCUACAUGGGGACAUGGCAGCAGCAGAACACUGACACACACCUCCUGUUCAGGAUGUCCCAGCAGGCGAUUCGCUGCACUCUGGUGAACUGCACCUGUGAAUGUUUCCAGCCGGGGAAGAUUCACCUGCGCACCUGUGACCAGUGCAAACACGGAUGGGUCGCUCACGCUCUGGAUAAGCUGAGUACACAGCACCUGUACCACCCGUCCCAGGUGGAGAUUGUUCAGUCCAACGUGGUGUUUGACAUCAGCAGUCUGAUGCUCUACGGAACACACGCACUUCCUGUCCGCCUCAAGAUCCUGCUGGACCGCCUGUUCAGCGUCCUCAAACAGGACGAGGUGCUGCACAUCCUGCAUGGCCUCGGCUGGACCCUCAGAGACUACGUCCGGGGCUACAUACUGCAGGAUGCUGCAGGCAAGGUGCUGGACCGCUGGACCAUCAUGUCCCGUGAAGAGGAGAUCAUUACCCUGCAGCAGUUUCUACGCUUCGGAGAGACCAAAUCCAUCGUGGAGCUCAUGGCGAUCCAGGAGAAGGAAGGCCAAGCGGUCACGGUGCCCUCGUCAAAGGCCGACUCCGGCAUCCGGACUUUUAUCGAAAGCAACAACCGCACACGCAGUCCUGGCCUCCUUACACACUUGGAGAACAGCAGCCCUUCUAGUAUCCAUCAUUUUGAGAACAUCCCCAACAGUUUGGCUUUCCUGCUGCCCUUCCAGUACAUCAAUCCCGUCUCAGCUCCCAUGUUGGGGCUGCCGCCCAACGGGCUAAACUUGGACCAAGCGGCACUGAGGCUCCGAGAACCAAACCUUUCCAAUCAGAGCGAACCAGUAGAGAGCAGUGAAUCCGAAGUGUCUCUAUCGCCUUUCCGAAACAGCCAGAGUCCAAACCGAGGCACCUUAGGGGCCAUUCCCAAUUCCAUUGAGCCCAAGACAGAACCUAAUGGAUCAUCACCUAUCACAACAACCCCGUCUGCACAGCAAGUCCAACAACAGCAAACACAGCAGCAGCAACAGCAGCAGAUCCAACAGCAGCAGCAGCCCCAGUCUAAUGCCAUAAAUGACCACCACUUUGUGAAAAAUGAGCAGUCAAAGAACCUUCACUCUUCGUUCUCUUCCAAGAUGCACCGCAUGCGUCGCAUGGGUACUCCGUCGCGCAAGGGUCGCGUCUGCUGCAAUGCCUGUGGCAAGACCUUCUACGACAAGGGCACUCUGAAGAUCCACUAUAAUGCUGUACAUCUGAAGAUCAAGCAUCGUUGCACGAUUGAGGGAUGCAACAUGGUCUUCAGCUCCCUGCGUAGCCGCAAUCGCCACAGCGCCAAUCCCAACCCUCGCCUCCACAUGCCUAUGCUGAGAAACAACCGAGAUAAAGACCUCAUUCGCUCCACUUCCGGAUCGGCCACCCCGGUCAUCUCUAGUACCAAGAGUGGAUUCACUCUAACAAGUCCUGGACGGCCUCCGCUAGGCUUUGCAACUCCUCCUCUCGAUCCAAUGAUGCAAUCCCCCCUUCAAAGUCCUCUGGUCUUCCCGUCUCUGAAGUCAGUGCAGCCGGUACAACCCAUCCCACCUUUCUACCGCAACUUGCUUUCUCCCGCUGACAUUGUAAGUCCUCCGGUGUCCCUUCCCACCAGUCCAAUUCUACCCACUACCACCAACAGCACCUCCAUCAUGGACCAACAGCAGCAGAUCUUAGCUGCCAGCUCCAACAGCCACAUGUCUGAGACAGGAUCUUUGUCUCACCACCUUUCCACCACCUCAAGUGCCCCAGAUCCCAUCACCAUCGACCCUAUGCCCAAGAAGAAGCCUCGCAAGUCCAGCAUGCCUGUCAAGAUUGAGAAAGAUCGAGAGGUACCGGAGGAUUACGACGACAAAGACGAUGACGAAGAUGAUGACAGUUGCCAUCAUCGUCACCCUGCAUCUCACCUCCAUAACAACAUCAAUGGAAACUGCAACAACAACAACAACAGCAGCAGCGGGCAUCAAUCACCCUCCCAGGAUGAGAUGACGGAAGGCACCAGUGAGCUGCGCUGCAUGGACAGCUUCACCUCAGAGGACCAGGACCACGAGCGUGACUUUGAGAAUGAGUCCGAGACUUCUGAGUCCAAGAUGUUCUACCGCGAUGAGCCAAUGGACGCCGAAGAGCAUCGCCACGCCUCCAGAAGAAACAUGGACAAAGACAAGGAUGACGGAGAGGAAGACGGUCACAUCCAUAAAGAGGUAGAAGAAAAGCGACGUUCCUCGCCAUCCCCACAUCAACCGGUCAUCAAAAUCAAAGAAGAACUCAACGAUCCUACCUACGACAUGUUCUGCAUGGGGCAAUACAACCUGUACAAUGGUGGAAUGGCUGCCGCAGCUGCCGCCGCCGCGAGUAUGGCUGCCUUGCACGAAAGCUUCAUCUCCUCCAUGGGUUAUGGAUCAAGUUCACCCAAAUUUCACUCCCAGUCUCCAGAGGGCGAUCUCUGUUCCAGUCCCGACCCUAAAAUCUGCUACGUCUGCAAGAAGAGCUUCAAGAGCUCCUACAGUGUCAAACUGCACUACAAAAAUGUGCACCUGAAAGAGAUGCACGUCUGCACGGUGGCCGGAUGCAACGCUGCUUUCCCUUCCCGACGAAGCCGAGACAGGCACAGCUCCAACAUCAACCUCCACCGCAAACUUCUGACCAAAGAACUGGACGACUUCGUCCUCGACCCCCAGCUCAUGCCGCUUCCCCGGGACAUGCGUGCCGAGUUAGCAGCCAAAAUCUACUCUGGACACCGACACGAGGACCCCGUGUCCCCUAUAGGCAACGGUUACCGCGGCGACAGCGAUUACGUGGCGCUGGACCUGAGCACGGCGUCGAGCGUCCACUCGAGCGGCAGCGUCCAGUCGUCACGCGAUUCGGACGAGGCCAGCGACGAAGGCGUGCUCCUGGACGAGCUGGACGUUAGCGAGGGAGAGGAAGCGGGGCCCGGGUUAGGUGAAGGGGUGGGGCUGGUGACCUCCGACCCCGCCUCCUCGCCGUCGACAGGCACUAACGGCGGCAUCCUGUGCACAAUCUGCCACAAAAUGUACAGCAACAAAGGGACGCUGCGUGUGCACUACAAAACGGUUCACCUGCGUGAGAUGCACAAGUGCAAAGUCCCCGGGUGCAACAUGAUGUUCUCGUCCGUCCGCAGCCGGAACCGACACAGCCAGAACCCCAACCUGCACAAAAACGCACCCUUCAUCUCCAUGCUCGACUAGCCCCGCCUCCCGUUCCUCAUAGACACACCCUUUUAUCCACACACUCCACCCACUGUCCCUGCAUUUCAGUGUCAAAAUGUGUCAAAGGUCGGUCCUUUCACGUGACGAUCAGACGAUAACCCUCGUACGCAGUCACGUCAGUGUUCCCGUUUUGACUUUUUUCUUUUUUCCUUCUUUGGGAGAAUUUGGAUUGGACGUUUCUCCGAGGGCGCUUCUCUUGGUUUGCUUGAUUCCAAAAUGGCCGCCCUUUUGAUCCUUCUUUUUUUUUUUUUUUUUGGUGUCUAACUCCAUAGAAGUUCCUCAGACUCUUUAUGUGUGACUGUUGCCUGCAGAAAACGGUAUUACCGAAAAAAUAAUAAUAAUAAUAAUAAUAAUAAUAAUAAUAAUAAUAAUAUGAGAAAAAAACGUCUCCUUGUUGUAUUUGUGUAAUGAUAGCUUUACGAGAAAAAAAAAAACAGUCCCGUACAUACCUAAAGCAUGAACGGUUUCAAUUUGUAAAUAACGUCCUGAGAGGCUUUUUGGUGUAAAACAAUUGUAUUGAUGGUCGCUUGCUCUUUUUUUUUCUCUCUUUUUAAAAAAACAAAAAAUUCCUUUGCUCUUUAUUUUUCUCUUUUUUUCCCUUUAUGUUACAGUUCAAUCUUUCAAAGUGUAGGUGACAAGAGGUAGCAUUUUACUAGCUUGAUUCAUUUAUAUUAACGUCAAAACUAAAAAAUAAAAAGGAAAAAAAUUUACCCAAGAACAAAAAAAAUAUAUCGUGACUCGUUUUAUCUACUUGUGAGAUACGCCUACGGAGCUGGCAUGCUUUCAGGCUCCUAAACGACUCCUUUUUUAAAAAAUUUAAAUUCCUUCUUUUUCUUACUUUUUUUUUAAAAAAAAGAUUUAGUAAGACGUUUAGUUUUUUUUUGCACUUUGCAUCUAUAACGAGCGGGAUGUGUAAUAUUAUUACGAAGAAAAACACUUCGCAAUGUUCGACUUAGUCAUGGCCGGGAGGGAAAAUUAAAUUAAAAAAAAAAAAGGAUCUUUACAGAAAUGUACCGGUUUUUGCACUUGUGUUCAGUUUAAAAAAACAAAAACAAAAAAAAAAAAACAAAUUUGCAUAAUCUCUGACGACCCACGUUCGAGCAGGACAAACCCGUAAAGGUAUUUAAACGGCGUCUCUGCUGCAGGAUUUUUACGAUCAGAUGAUCUUCUGCAGGAUAAAGAAGUAUCACUUGGCGUGGGUGUAACGUAUUAACCUGAGAAUCGGCUCCCAGAUGAAAUACUGCAUGUGCUGUGAUCAUACACGAGUACGCAUGUGCUGAAAACCGGUCGUACGAUAUAUCGCAAAACUUCAACACGCAGUAUUCCAUUUCAACAUUUACAGGUGCUUUGUUUCUCGUCACGGCGUGUCCGGGUCUCUUUUUGUUUUCGGACGUAGCGUCUCGAUAAAUAUCGUAGUCCACGCUAAAAAUGACGUAAUUAUCGUGAUAUGUGAAUUUAACGCGUCCGGACGUCCGUUCACACUGGCAGCGAAAUGAUCGAUCGGGCGCUAUUUAAUAUACGUUGACAGUGAUUUUUCUUUUUCUGUAAAAACAGGGGGCGGAGCUUAGCUUAGCUUUAAUCAUCCGAUCACGAACUCGAUUCAGUGACAUCACGGUUAUCCUUUGUCUUUGCCUUGCAUGAUUCAUAUUUAGUUACAUUAACUAAACUCUAGCUAGCAUGACAUUAGCCAGCCAAACUAACAGGGGCGGAGUUUAGGUUACAUUUCAUCAUCCAAUCACAGUCACCUUUGUCCUUUCUCUUCACUUCUUUGUUUGAGCAGCAUUAAGGUUAGCUAGCUUAGCUUAGUUUAGCUAAGAUAAUCUUACCAGCCAGGCAUGUUUGCUAGCAAGCUAGUUAAGGCAAUGAUAGCUGUAACAAUCGGAAAAGUCUGUAGGUCGAAGAUGUAAAAAGAACGGCUAAUCGUUAGCUUGGCUGACAUUCAGUGUCUAGCUAACAGCAUGCUAGCUAACAGCAUGCUAGCUAGCAUCCGAUUGAUUGUGCAAAGUUUGCUUUCAAAACAUGUAGAGUUAUCAGACGUUAUCUAAGCUCCGCCCAUGUCAGCGUAAAAAGAUGCCAUCGUUCAGUGAUGUAAAAAAAAGAAAAUGGCUGCCAGUGCGAGCUUAAGAUAAAACGUUACUCCAUGAGCUGUUAGAACUUUCCCUCGAUCGUACCUCGAUCACGCAGUGUCCGUGAUUAGUCUUAAAAACCCGAGUCUUAAUUCGUUUGUUUGUUUUUUUUUGUGGAAAGUCGAGCGUUCCUGUGUAACAGCGGCGGCGGCGUGUCAGGGUACGAAGAGCGGACGCGAGUGAACGCAUCCCUUUUUUUCUCUGCAGUUAGAAAAAAAACAAGCUCGUAGACAUGCCACCUUUCAGUUGUAUUUUUUCACUCUCAUGCUGACGGGAGGAAGGAGGCAGUGAGACAGCGAGGCAGUGAGACAGCGAGGCAGUGAGACAGCGAGGCAGCGAGGUUCGCGAGCGUCAUUAAAUCCGUAGCGCAGCACGCCGGAGGCAGUGGCGGCGUUUCUGCACUGAUCUGUCUAAUAACUCGCUUGUCACUUCGUUACGUUUAGAGACGGUGAACGUUGCUGACAUGCUCGUGUCACACACACAUCCGACCCCCUCUCCUUCCUUCUCUCUCUCUCUCCUUCUCUCUCUCUCUCUCCUUCCUUCUCUCUCUCUCUCUCUCUCUCUCUCUCUCUCUCUCUCUCUCUCUCUCUCUCUCUCUCUCUCUCUCUCCGUGUCUCAGGUUCCGCAGGGAUGUGGGUUAAUAACGCACGCUUAAGUUCCCUGUCACCCCGAAUAACAGGAGGUGUAAUUGCCUGUUUAUCCCAUGCGAGGGGAAAAAUUGAGCAUCGAAAGCCAGCGUCUUCUCCAGAGUCGCAUUUUCUCUCACUGCUGACAGCUGUCUCUCUCUCUCUCUCUCUCUCUCUCUCUCUCUCACACACACACACACACACACACACACACACACACACACACGGCACUAACAGUCCGGUGAAAUGACAGCAGCAGGAGGACUUGUUAACCGCCAGUGAUGGACGAGGCAGAGAGAAAAGCAGAGUCUUCCUUCCUUCCUUUCUUUCUUUUAUUUCUCUCUCUCUCUCUCUCUCUCUCUCUCUCUUUUAAUUCCUUUCUUGUUUAAUACACUUUAUUCUAUUGAGCAAUUCCAUUCUUUUUCUUCUUUUUUCCGUCUGCUUUCUUUCGGCUUCCAUUUUUCUUCUUGUUGGUCAGUCAUUUUUCCGUCGUUUCCCUUCUUCCUGUGCUCUCCUCUUUCCUGCGUCUGUCUCCCUGCGUGUCUUUUUAUUCGCGUUUUUAAAAACGGUUUUCUUCUUUACUUCCUUUCCUUCCUUCUGCUUCUUCAUUCUUCUUCGCUCCUUGCUUUUUAUAUCUUUUUUUUCUUACUUUCUUUCUUCUUCUAUUCUAUAACUUUUGCCGUCCCUUUCCCUUGAUUUUUCUUUCCAUCGUCUGUUUUUUCCCCAUUUCCUUCUUCCAUACUCCUUUCUUUCUUUCUUUCAUUUCUCUGUCUCUCUUUUUAAUUCCUUUCUUCCUUAAUACACUCUUUAUUUUAUUUCCUAAUUCCGUCUUUCAUUCUUUUUCUUCUUUUGUUUGUCCGCCUUCUUUCUCAAGUUCUUUUUCUUUCUUUCAACUUUCAUUUUUUCAAAUUAAAAAAAAAAAAAAAAAAUCAAUUUCAUUUUGGUUAAUAUUUUUUCAGUCGCUUCCCUUCUUCCUGUUAUUCCCUUUCCUUUCUUUCUUAGUUCCUUUCUUACUUCCAUCCAUCCAUCCUUCCUUCAUCUCCCUCUCUCUCUCUCUCUCUCUCUCUCUCUGUCUCUCUCUCUAUCUGUCUCUCUCUCUAUCUGUCUCUCUGUCUCUCUCUCUGUCUCUCUCUCUGUGCUGAAGGAGACAGGACGCCGGGUCUGGACGUGUGUUAGAGAGACAGGAAGAGGGAAAAUCUUGUUAAAAUCCAGAACGAAUGCUGAUUUUAUUCUCCUGGUUCUGUUCAGGUUUUAAAAAAAAAAACGUUUUAGACGUUAGCACACAGUGAAGAAUGAAAUGUAACGACUCAGAAACAUGAUCUGGUGAGAGGAGCUGUCUCACACACACACACACACACACACACACACACACACACAGCGUUUCCGAGGUUGGGGAUGAGCUAGCGCGCUUUGGCUAAGCCUGCAGUUCUGAUGCUAAAUGAGCUGCGGAGUCGGUGCUGACACAGAGAAAGAGGAAAAAGGGAACAGACUCAGCGUGAGGGGAAAAGAGAGAGAGAGAGAGAGAGAGAGAGAGAGAGAGAGAGAGAGAGAGAGAGAGAGAGAGAGAGAGAGAGAGAGGGAGACAAACACUACACUAUAUACUACAAAAUGAUCACAUCAUGAUUCUGACAUGUUUAACUUUGUGUUAAAAUUUUCUACUGAAUCUUUUUAAACAAUUUUAAACAUUCAGUAAAAAUUAAAAAAAAAAAAAACGUUUACUGAAAAUCGAACUUGUCAGGAUUUAUAGUCGCGAGGAAAAACAGACGAUCCGGCGGAUAUUUCCGAACCGCGACGGACUCGAUCACGACACUGACGUCAGCGUCUCGCACGCCGCUGAUCACAAUCCUCUCCCGUCCUUCAAUCUGGCUUCGUGAAGCGAAAAAAUGAAAUAAAAUAAAGUACAAUAACAGCAUUAAAGAAGCGGUUGAGCAGAUAAAUCCAGUCAGUGUUUCCUCGGAGUGAAAUCAUUACAGUGAAAGUUCUUUUAUCACCUAUUUAUUUUUCAGAUUUUUUCCAGUAUUGUGCUCAUAUCCGAUUAGAAAUAAACACACCCCGUGUUUGUACAUCCCCGAGUGGACGUAAACGACGGCGGUCGUCCACAUGAUCGUCCACAUGAUGUCUAACAUGUUUACACAUUUUACCCUUUAAUAUCAUCAUCACUUCCAGUGCAGUUUCGACAGUAAUGUUUAGAGGGCGUGGCCGAAAGGGGCGGGGCAUACCUAUGGUAAUUUUUUUUAAUGGUUCAGAACUGCACCUUUAACUGUGUUUACACUCAUAUAAACGUGUUAAAUCUCAAUCAUCCGGUUCCUUUUCCACCAACGCGUGUGUAGAGAGACCCUUCCCCCUUCGCUGGUUAAAAAAAAGGAAUUAAAUACAUUUUCAAAAUGGCCGUUUUAUUUCCCUCCUUUUAAAGACACAAAGUGGGCGUGGCUUGCCUAUUUCCCUCUCAGCCGCAGCGACGUUUUAAUAUUUCAUCGGCACUUUGAUUCGACGUUCUCAGACAAACGGAGCACUUAGAAAACUGCAGAUGCUAAAACAGUGGGUCAAAAAAUAAAUGACUAAUUAUUUAAAAAAAAAAACAAAAAAAAAACACAUUUUAAAUGACAGAUUAUAUAAUCCAACACAGCAUUUCCUCCUUAUGUAAGAUAAAUGAUGUGAAUAAUAAUAAUAACAAUUAAAGGUAUUUGAGCGUGGUAUGUAAAGUGAAAAUGAAAAAAAAAGUAACAAGAAAUUAAAAACCAUAAUUCAGUAUUGAAUAUUUACUCCUUUUUGUCCACAGAUAACUCGUACGCUUGAACACUUUGUUUUGUGUGAAUACUUUCCUUUCUUUUUGUUUUCUUUUUGGGGAUUGUUUUGGUUUGAAACCCGCUGGCUUUGGGCCGUGCUGUCCGCUGUGUUUCGUCCUGUUCGUUUCGUGUUUAUUCGCUUGGAUUUUCGCGCCGAGCUUCAUGAAUAGUGCAUGGGCCCUGAACAGCGUUUUUCCAUUAGGCACACUCGAGGAAGAAAAAGAAUUAAUGAAUAAAAAAAAUAAAGGUCCUGUUUGGUUUCUUUGUUUGAACUGAUUUGCUUCUGCGUGUAUCUUCUGUAUCAUAGCUGACUGUCGAUGGUUUUUGCAUUAAAUGCAUAAAGGGUUUCGGGAUGUAAAUGGAAUUUUAUUCAUAUUUUGUCCAAAUACCUCUCUUGUAAUUUGUAUCAGAAUUCUUGUACAAUUUUUAUAUUAAAGAUUUAUCAGUCACUGGCA